AUGUCAGUCAACGGCAACAAACGGAGCGUCUACUUUGGCAUUAUUUGGUGGGCGUGGCGAUUGUUAGGCGCAGUUGAGCUGAAUGCCAGAAAUCUUGGCAGCUAUCGUUUCUGGAGAGCCGUGGCCUUAAAUGCUAUCGUCACAGCAGCUUUCCCAGUGAUGCUUAUUUUGACAACGCUUAGCUUUGAGCUGCCGCUGGAUAAUCUGAUGAACUUUAACAUUUCGCUCACUUCGGUGGCCACCUCUGUGAAGUUCCUGAUCUAUGUCAAGCAGCUGAGGAAGAUUCCGGAGAUUGAGCGGCUGUUGACUAAAUUGGACACACGCGUGACCACAAACGAGCAGCGUGCCGAACAUGCAACGACAAGCCGAAUGUUGAGCAUUAUAUCCAAAUUGUAUACAUUGAGUUAUGUUGCGAUUGGCAUUAACUCGAAUGUAUCCGUUUUUUUUCGCGAGCAACGCUCUUUGCCCUUUCCGGCCUGGUUUCCAUUGGACUGGACCAAUUCGCUGACCAAUUACUUCAUUGCCCUGAUGCAUCAGUUUCUCGCGAUAUUCAUGCAAAUCCUGCAGAACUUUGUAGAUGAUUUAUUUCCGCCUUUGGUGCUUAUUCUCAUUGCUGGUCACUGCGAUCAGCUCGUCCUGCGCCUCUCAGCUAUUGGCUACGACCAAAGUGAUCGGCGCAGCAACGAGCAGAAGCUCAUCAAAUGCAUUCGGGAUCAUCAGAUGAUCUGUAGGCUGCACCUGCUCGCCAUGGAGAUCAUCUCGUGGCCAUUACUGGUCCAAUUCAUUGUGAUUUCCAUUGAUGUGGGCGCCGCCUUGUGCGCCCUGCUCUUCUAUGUGGAGAGCAUGCAGGAGCGUCUAUACUAUGCGUCCUUUAUUUUUGCGCUGGCCCUGCAAAUUUUUCCUGUUUGCUAUUAUGGCACCCUGGUGGAAUAUUCAUUUGGACGCUUGCACUAUGCGGCAUACAGCAGCAACUGGGUCGACCAGAGCAUUACCUACCGAAAGAAUCUGAUUAUCUUUGCAGAGCGAACACAGAAGCUGCCAAAUCAACGUGCCGGCAACUUUAUACCAAUUGCGCUAACCACUUUUCUAGCCAACUGUAAGGCGGCCUAUUCCUUCUGUACUCUGAUCGCAGACAACGGGACCGAUAAAUAG